AUGAAUCGAAGCAGCAAUAAGGGGCGAGCCGCGUUGUCACAGAGUUGUAGUAGUGGCACGUUGGAGAAUAGAGCAAAUAGUUUCGAUGACGAUUUCAUUUGCAUUAAUAGUGGAACAGACGAGACGAACAAAUCAUUGGUGCGAUCGCAAUCGAUACACUCAUCAUCGAGCACACAAACGCAUGCCUUGUCACAGAACAACUAUGGCCAGCACACGAAACCAGCAGGUCGUCCACCACCCCCGAAACCAGAACGUCAAAAUCGAGUGACGACUGGCCGAAGUGGUUCAGUGGAUUCAAGGCGUCCACAGAAGUCGUCUCCAACGACGACGACAGAGAAGAAUGCAAACUCGAAAAUUGAUGUAAAUAAUUUGCAAUUGAUCGAAUCUACAUCAGAGAUUGAUAAUGAAAUUGCAUCACUAAAGAAACGCGGCCCGUCCGAGAGUGCGGCGAUCGCGUGCAGAUUCAUAUCGCCGGUUUUGGAUUACUUAAUUACGGCGUUUAGUGUGACCAGUGUGAAGAUCAUUGUUGAGAAGGACUACAGUUGGCCGUCGAUACGUUCGAGUUCGAGUAGCGUUCGAGAGGAUAAAAUGGUAUUUACGUGCGAAACGAAGUGUACAAUUGAGGAGAUUCUGAUCAGUGUGCUGAGCUUCUUCUUGGAUCCGGCACAGGUGGAACUGCAUAACGGGUGUUUGCCGGUGGAUGAGUACGGCCUGAAGAUAUUCGGUCUAGAUGAAUUUCUAUUGAACAGCUCGCAGCUGGGAGAAAAUCCGUUCGUGGGACAGGCGUUGAUGUUUGGCAAGGAUAUACGACUUGAGGUGGGUAGAACAACGGCACGUCCAUACAAGAUCACUGAGCACCACGAGAUGUGGAACAUUAAUAUGUCACCAGCGAGCAGAUUAGAGAAAGAUCAGCAACAUCAAAAGCCGUCAUUAAAAGUCAGUGCUGAAUCGGUUGAAAGGGUGAUCGAUGUGAUUAAAAAGGAGAUUAAGACGUCUUCAACGCAGUUUAUGCAUAUCAAUACAAUGAAGUAUAGACAAGCCGUGAAGCAAUCAGUUAAAUUACUGUGUACAUUGUUGGGUAAAUUGAUGACGUACGAAUUGAUUGAAGCGCUGAACAUUUAUACGUUAGCGACGACGAUGGAACAAUUUGAAACGGGCACGCAAAUGUUGAUAAUGGCGAUUCAUAAAUUUAUUGGGAUAUAUGCAGAGUCAACGCAAUCGAGAUUUGAUGUGGCGCCAUUGAAUAAGGAUAUAGCAGCGGUGAAGACGAAGCGACGUCGUGAGGUGGUGAGUGUGGACGAGAGGUUAUUGAUAAAGGUGGAGUCGAUUCAUAAUUUGUGUGAUUCGUGGCAGUUGAGGACGUUCGGGGUGUGCAUCGUGGUGAGUGUGAUGCACGGUAGCAGUGAACUCUGCACUGGUUUUAAGGAUAUUAUGAGACCAAUCGAUUUCGACAGCGCUUUCUUCGUGUACUCGCAUAUAGACACUUGGGCAGCAUUCGAUUUGCCGUUGUGUGUGUUGCCACGAGAAACACGAGUGGUAAUCGUGGUGUAUGGGCUGAAUCGAGGUGCGGAUAGUGGGGGUGUGGGUGUGGGUGUGCCUGGUGGUGCGGCAGUAGGCACGGUGCCUGUGGCUGCUGCCUCUGCUACAAAUCAAUUGCAGAUCAAUUCGGCGACAUCACCGUCGGUGGCUUCAUCGUCUUCGAUAGGAACGAAUAAUACGAGUGAAUCGGGCAAUGAGUCUUGCGAGAGUAAUGAAAAUGACAGAAUAUUUCGACAAGGCUCGAUAUUUGUGCCGUUAACACUGUUGGAGGAUCGCGUGGUGCAACCAUGGGGACCGCGACCGUUAUUUGAGAACUGUAAUGAGUCAACAAUAUUGGUGACGCUGCCUGAGUUCGAGUACGAUGUGGUGUUUCCGUAUGUGGGAUUCGGUGAGAGGAGCACAAAGCGCGAAUUCGAGACAUUGGACGAGGGUACUCAACAGUAUCUGCUGGAUAUUGUUGAAGGAGGUGUGACACAUUGUUUAACGCAAUGCGAAAUGGAAUUACUUUGGGAGAAACGACAUUAUUUGACGCAUAUGCCAUCAGCACUACCAUUGGUGUUAAUAUCGUCGGUGGGUUGGGACUGGGCAUCGCUAAAUAAUAUUUAUCAACUGCUGGAUGACUGGAUGCCGUUGUCGCCGAUACAGGCCAUUGAACUGCUCUUACCGAACUUUCCGGAUAUGAUUAUACGCGAACGUGCGAUAACGUGGUUGAAGGGUGCAUCGUCAGCAUUCAUUUUCAACUUUUUGCCGCAGUUAGUGGAGGCACUUCGUUUUGAAACGUUUGAGAAUUCGUCACUGGCUGCAUACCUGUUGCAUUUGUGUGCACAGGAUCGACGUUUCGCAUUCGAAAUUUACUGGCAACUGCAACAACGAGUAGAUCACUGCGUUGAAGUGACACUAAGAAAGCGUUACAUGACAAUGCAAGAGCAAAUCUUUAAUAUAAUGGACAAUUUGUUCGUGAAUGAAAUUCAUAAUCAGCAUUUACUAUUGCGGUCGUUGGACGGUAUCGGCGCCGAUAUGGCUGAGACUAAUGACCACAAUAAAAUGUAUUCGAUAUUACAACGGCAUCUAGCGUUAUUGGACGCGCAUAUAUUAGAGAAUAACAUUCGACUGCCGAUAUUGCCAUCGUUUCUGUGCAUUGGAAUCGAGACGAAAGAGUCGAAUUUCUUCAAUUCACUCACGAAACCGAUUAAGAUUUGCUUCAAAGGACUGAAGACAACCUAUAGUGUGCUCUAUAAGAUCGGUGACGAUAUGCGACAAGAUGCAUUGGUGUUGCAGUUGGUGAAGGUGAUGAAUGAUAUUUGGUUGAGUGAAGAACUCGACUUGAGGAUGAUUAUAUUCAGAUGUAUGCCGGUUGGAGUGAAGAAAGGUAUGAUAGAGCUGGUACCAGACUGUCAAACGCUACGCGAAAUCCAGAGCGCCAGUGGUGCAACGGGUGUAUUCAAGGACGAUGUGCUCAAGAACUGGCUCGAGAAGCAUAACCCAAAUGAAUUUCAAUAUAAAAUUGCAUUAAAAAAUUUCGAGUUGUCGUGUGCGGGUUGGUGUGUGGCGACGUACGUGUUGGGUAUAGGAGAUCGUCACAACGACAACAUACUGGUGACGACCACGGGGCAUGUGUUUCACAUCGAUUUCGGGAAGUAUAUGGGGGACUGGCAGAUGGCUGGCGCGUUUAGAAGGUUGAUUAUUGAUGAUUUUGGUAGAGAGAGCAGCACUCGAACUCGCUUUCGAGCACAACCUUCGUUCCGUUGGCAUCCGCGAACGGAAAUCGAACCCGAACCGCCACCUAGCAGCUCAUCGCAAUCGGCCACAACUCGAUAUCAAGCGUUCGUUGAUAACUGUUGUAAAGCAUUCAAUUUACUCAGGAAAAAGUAUUCGUUGCUAAUGAAUCUGAUGAAAUUGAUAUCGUGUUCGAACGUGCCCGGCAUGAGUAUGCACGCAGUGAAUUUCGUGCAGAAUAAUUUAUUGCUGAAUUUGAGCGAUACCGAGGCAACGGCUCAAUUCACGAGGAUGAUACAGGAGAGUCUGGCCAGUAAAUUCCCGAGGUGA